AUGAUAAUUUAAGAAAAGAUAUCAAAUGAAUUAAUAAUUAAUGAUAAAUUCAAAGUUGAAAAAAAAAUAAUCAAAUAAAUUAAAAGAGCUUUGCUGUUUUAAAUUUAUUAUUUAAAUUAAAAAUAUCACAAUCAAAUGCAAAUAAAUAAAUAAAUUGUUUUUACCAAAGAUAAAGGUUCAUAUUUGAGAGGUUAGUGCAAUUUGCUAUAGCAGAACCUAAAUUUUAUAUCCCUUCACAACCAAUUUAAUUGCUACUGUUUAAAUAAUAAAGAAAUAAUAUAUAGUUUAUUAAUUAGACAAUAGGAAAAAAUGAAGAAAAAUAUGAAAUCCAUAAAUUGCAGAAGCAAAGGUUGA